AUGGGCCACAGAGGGAGAUCAGCACCUGUACGGCCUGCAUCUCAAGCAGCCUCUGGAACACCCAAAGAGCCCGUCAAAGCCCACACCAGGAAGCACAAUAUCUGCAUGGUGUCUGAUUUCUUUUACCCUAACAUGGGAGGAGUGGAGAGUCAUAUUUACCUCCUUUCUCAGCGUCUUAUUGAGAAGGGACACAAAGUGGUGAUUGUCACCCAUGCCUACGGCCACAGGAAGGGCAUCCGCUACCUAACCAACGGCCUUAAGGUCUACUACCUGCCUCUACAGGUGAUGUACAACCAGUCCACCACCACCACGUUCUUCCACAGCAUGCCGCUCCUGCGUUGCGUGUUUGUCAGGGAGCGAAUCACUGUUGUGCACUCGCACAGCUCGUUCUCCGCCAUGGCCCACGAUGCUUUGUUCCAUGCUAAGACCAUGGGCCUCAACACGGUGUUCACUGACCACUCGCUGUUCGGCUUUGCUGACGUGAGCUCCGUGCUGACCAAUAAGCUCCUAACGGUGUCGCUGUGCGACACAAACCACAUCGUGUGCGUCUCUUACACAAGCAAGGAGAACACAGUGCUGCGUGCCGCGCUUGAUCCGGAGAUUGUGUCCGUCAUUCCCAACGCGGUCGAGCACUGCGACUUCACGCCCGACCCGUCUCAGCGCUGCGACGACAGGAUCACCGUCGUCGUGAUCAGUCGACUCGUCUACCGCAAAGGCAUCGAUCUUCUCAGUGGAAUAAUUCCAGAGCUCUGCCUCAAACAUCCGGAUCUCCAUUUCCUCAUUGGUGGAGAGGGGCCGAAGAGACUUGUGUUGGAAGAAGUGAGAGAGAAAUACCAGUUACACGACAGGGUCCGACUAUUGGGGCCUCUGGAGCACAAAGAUGUCAGAGGAGUUCUAGUGCAAGGUCACAUCUUUCUAAAUACGUCACUCACUGAAGCUUUCUGCAUGGCCAUCGUGGAGGGAGCCAGUUGUGGGUUGCAGGUUGUUAGCACUCGCGUGGGCGGGAUACCUGAGGUGCUACCCGAGGACUUGAUCACGCUUUGCGAGCCGAGCGUACGCUCGCUGUGUGCCGGGCUGGAAACUGUAAUAGAGCGCCAGCGUUCCGGUGCCGUCCCUUCGCCGGCCUCCAUUCACGCACGGGUGCGGAACCUCUACACGUGGAGGAACGUAGCCGAAAGGACGGAAAAGGUGUAUGACAGAGUAUGUGGCGAGGAGGUGCUUCCGCUGGACCGCCGCCUUCGAAGGCUCAGGACUCACUGCGGCCCUGUGGCCGGCUCCAUCUUUGCCUUCGUGGCAGUUUUGGACUUCCUUUUCCUGUUGUUCCUUCAGUGGUGGCUGCCCGACUGGCUUGUGGACAAGGCUCCCGACGCCAGCGGCCCCCUCGCACUGUGGAAUCAAGAACACAGUCAGAGUAAAACGCGUGCGCCGUCGAAAAGAGUCGUCAAGUGA